GCAGCGGCGGACACAGUGAUUGAUGUAUGUGCUCGCUGCGUAAUAGUGAAAGUAUCAUUUUCGCCGAGAGGGAGAACUCAACAUGCCACAGCUUGGCUGGCAAACUUGCUGUCUAAAUUUCGGUGGAAGUGUCAGAUGGAUUUGGGAUCACUUUUGCUUUGUGUUUGCGUGAUGAUGGCGAGUGUGCGCGCUGCAGGCGGUGAAAAGGAAUGCCUGUGCUCAGGAAUCCAACUGCUGCCUCUGACCGAGCCUCCCGACUGCCAGCACAGCAACAAAACCUUCCGCUACACCUGUGUCAAAGGUUAUGUGCGGAAGGCGGGGACCUCCAACCUCAUCAAGUGCCGAGACGGUUCUUGGUGGUCCAUCGCCCCUCUAAAAUGUAUACCCGACCCUAAGGCCACACCCCAAGGCGACCCUAAGGCCACACCCCAAGGCGACCCUAAGGCCACACCCCAAGGCGACGCUAAGGCCACACCCCAAGGCGACGCUAAGGCCACACCCCAAGGCGACGCUAAGGCCACACCCCAAGGCGACGCUAAGGCCACACCCCAAGGCGACCCUAAGGCCACACCCCAAGGCGACCCUAAGGCCACACCCCAAGGCGACCCUAAGGCCACACCCCAAGGCGACCCUAAGGCCACACCCCAAGGCGACGCUAAGGCCACACCCCAAGGCGACCCUAAGGCCACACCCAAAGCCCCCAACAUCACCCAAGCAGGCGACACAGCGGCCAGCGUAAAAGACAACGCCACAUCUUCCCACUCAGCAGGAGCAGUGAGCAGCAGCAUCAUCACAAUAGCAGUCAUCAGCUGCCUUGCAGUGUCCACCAUUGCUGUGACUGCCAUGGCCAUGUUUGUGCACAGAAGGAGAAGAAGGGCAGAAAGCGACACACCAUCCCAGCCAGCGGAGGCCAUACCUCUCCAUGAAGUUCCAUCAGAACAUGGAUAGAAAGUAGGACAUUAGUGUCACACAACAUGGUCCAAAGUUCUCAACUUGUGCUCUUCUCCAUCCAUCAUCCUUAACUAACACAGCAUGCAUUCUAACUGGUAAAUGAAGGCUAGCAAAAGUCAGCUAACAAUGGAGCUAAUGUGAGUACAAUAUGAAAAACCUCCAACAAUACAUGAGAAUAUUCACCAAAGUGUUUUUCCACAUUGUAGGCUCAUUCCAUAAUGGAAUACAUUCAUUUUGUGCCCUCAAAAUGCUAUACACAAUACCCCGUAAUGACAAUGUGGAACAACUUUGAAGCUCAAAAAUGAGCUGAGAAGAAAUGUUCCUACAGCUUCAUUGGAGUCCAGCUGUAGUAACUUCAGGAUUUGAGGGGCACACGCCUGUCUGUAUGGAAGGUCCACACUUGACAGUGCAGGAGGCCGAGCACAAACCAAGGAGGAAGUCAGAGCAAUUGUCUCCCGGCACAGAAAAAAGAUCUGCUCCCUUGUAGGUCCCAAUGAGCAGGGUGGCCUCCAUCCUUUGUAAACGGAAGAAGUUUGGAACCAGCACAACUCUUCCAUGAGCUGGCCGCUAGUCCCAACUGAGCAAGCAGGGGAGAAGAGUCAGGAAGGUGAGCAAGAACCCCAAAGUCACUCUGUCAGAGGAGAGAGGAGAACCUUCCAGAAGGACCUGGAUGCUACAUUUCUUAGUCAAAAGUUUGCCCCGAAGGACUCUCAGACCACGAGAAACUAAAUUCUCUGGUCUGGCGAGACAAAGAUUGAAGUCUUUGGCGCCAAUGUUUGGAUGAAAACAGGCACCGCUCAUCACCAGGACAAAACCAUCCCUACUUGGUGGCAACAGCAUCAUGAUGUGGGGAUGGGUUUUAGUGGCAGAAACCGGGAGACUAGUCAGGAUAGAGGGAAAGGUGAAUGCAGCAAUGGAAAGGGACAUUCAAGCUGAUGGAGCUUGAGAGGUGCUGUACAAAGAUAGGUGAGCCAAGCUUGGAGCAUCGGGUUCAAAAAGACUUGAGGUGUAAUUGAUGCCAAAGGUGCAUCAACUAAGUAGUGAUCCACAAAGGUGCAUCAACUAAGUGGUGAUCCACAAAAUUGCAUUAACUAAGUAGUGAUCCACAAAGGUGCACCAACUAAGUGGUGAUCCACAAAGGUGCAUCAACUAAGUAGUGAUCCACAAAGAUACAAUAACUAAGUAGUGAUCCACAAAGGUGCAUCAACUAAGUAGUGAUCCACAAAGAUGCAAUAACUAAGUAGUGAUCCACAAAGGUGCAUCAACUAAGUAUUGAUCCACAAAAAUGCAUCAACUAAGUAUUGAUCAACAAAAAUGCAUCAACUAAGUAGUGAUCCACAAAAUUGCAUCAGCUAAGUAGUGAUCAACAAAGGUGCAUCAACUAAGUAUUGAUCCACAAAGAUGCAUCAACUAAGUAUUGAUCAACAAAGGUGCAUCAACUAAGUAGUGAUCCACAAAGAGGCAUCAACUAAGUAUUGAUCCACAAAGAUGCAAUAACUAAGUAGUGAGCCACAAAGAUCCAUCAACUAAGUACUGAUCCACAAAGAUGCAAUAACUAAGUAGUGAGCCACAAAGAUCCAUUAACUAAGUAUUGAUCCACAAAAUUGCAUCAACUAAGUAGUGAUCCACAAAAUUGCAUCAGCUAAGUAGUGAUCAACAAAGGUGCAUCAAGUAAGUAGUGAUCCACAAAGGUGCAUCAACUAAGUAGUGAUCCACAAAGGUGCAUCAACUAAGUAGUGAUCCACAAAGGUGCAUCAACUAAGUAGUGAUCCACAAAGGUGCAUCAACUAAGUGGUGAUCCACAAAGGUGCAUCAACUAAGUAUUGAUCAACAAAGGUGCAUCAACUAAGUAUUGAUCAACAAAGGUGCAUCAACUAAGUAUUGAUCCACAAAGAUGCAUCAACUAAGUAUUGAUCAACAAAGGUGCAUCAACUAAGUAUUGAUCCACAAAGAGGCAUCAACUAAGAAUUGAUCCACAAAGAUGCAUCAACUAAGUAUUGAUCAACAAAGAUGCAUCAACUAAGUAGUGAUCCACAAAGAUGGAAUAACUAAGUAGUGAUUCAUAAAGAUCCAUCAACUAAGUAUUGAUCCACAAAAAUGCAUCAACUAAGUAGUGAUCCACAAAAUUGCAUCAGCUAAGUAGUGAUCAACAAAGGUGCAUCAACUAAGUAUUGAUCCACAAAGAGGCAUCAACUAGGUAUUGAUCCACAAAGAUGCAUCAACUAAGUAUUGAUCCACAAAGAUGCAAUAACUAAGUAGUGAGCCACAAAGAUCCACCAACUAAGUAUUGAUCAACAAAAAUGCAUCAACUAAGUAGUGAUCCACAAAAAAUGCAUCAACUAAGUAGUGAUCCACAAAGGUGCAUCAACUAAGUAUUGAUCCACUAAGAGGCAUCAAGUAAGUAUUGAUCCACAAAGAUGCAUCAACUAAGUAUUGAUCCACUAAGAGGCAUCAAGUAAGUAUUGAUCCACAAAGAUGCAUCAACUAAGUAUUGAUCCACAAAGGUGCAUCAACUAAGUAUUGAUCCACAGAGAUGCAUCAACUAAGAAUUGAUCCACAAAGAUGCAUCAACUAAGUAUUGAUCAACAAAGAUGCAUCAACUAAGUAGUGAUCCACAAAGAUGCAAUAACUAAGCAGUGAUCCAUAAAGAUCCAUCAACUAAGUAUUGAUCCACAAAAUUGCAUCAGCUAAGUAGUGAUCAACAAAGGUGCAUCAACUAAGUAUUGAUCCACAAAGAGGCAUCAACUAGGUAUUGAUCCACAAAGAUGCAUCAACUAAGUAUUGAUCCACAAAGAUGCAAUAACUAAGUAGUGAGCCACAAAGAUCCAUCAACUAAGUAUUGAUCCACAAAAAUGCAUCAACUAAGUAGUGAUCCACAAAAAAUGCAUCAACUAAGUAGUGAUCCACAAAGGUGCAUCAACUAAGUAUUGAUCCACUAAGAGGCAUCAAGUAAGUAUUGAUCCACAAAGAUGCAUCAACUAAGUAUUGAUCCACAAAGAUGCAAUAACUAAGUAGUGAUCCACAAAAAUGCAUCAACUAAGUAGUGAUCCACAAAAUUGCAUCAGCUAAGUAGUGAUCCAAAAAGGUGCAUCAACUAAGUAUUGAUCCACAAAGGUGCAUUAACUAAGUAUUGAUCCACAAAGACGCAUCAACUAAGUAUUGAUCCACAAAAUUGCAUCAACUAAGUAGUGAUCCACAAAGGUGCUAUCUACUAAGUAGUGAUCCACAAAGAUGCAUCAACUAAGUGGUGAUCCACAAAGAUGCAUCAACUAAGUAUUGAUCAACAAAGGUGCAUCAACUAAGUAUUGAUCCACAAAGAGGCAUCAACUAAGUAUUGAUCCACAAAAAUGCAUCAACUAAGUAUUGAUCCACAAAGAUGCAAUAACUAAGUAGUGAGCCACAAAGAGCCAUCAACUAAGUAUUGAUCCACAAAGAUGCAAUAACUAAGUAGUGAUCCACAAAGAUCCAUCAACUAAGUAUUGAUCCACAAAAUUGCAUACACUAAGUAGUGAUCCACAAAAUUGCAUCAGCUAAGUAGUGAUCAACAAAGGUGCAUCAAGUAAGUAGUGAUCCACAAAGGUGCAUCAACUAAGUAGUGAUCCACAAAGGUGCAUCAACUAAGUAGUGAUCCACAAAGGUGCAUCAACUAAGUGGUGAUCCACAAAGGUGCAUCAACUAAGUAUUGAUCAACAAAGGUGCAUCAACUAAGUAUUGAUCCACAAAGAUGCAUCAACUAAGUAUUGAUCAACAAAGGUGCAUAAACUAAGUAUUGAUCCACAAAGAGGCAUCAACUAAGUAUUGAUCCACAAAGAUGCAUCAACUAAGUAUUGACCCACAAAGAUGCAAUAACUAAGUAGUGAGCCACAAAGAUCCAUCAACUAAGUAUUGAUCCACAAAAAUGCAUCAACUAAGUAGUGAUCCACAAAGGUGCAUCAACUAAGUAGUGAUCCACAAAGGUGCAUCAAGUAAGUAUUGAUCCACAAAGAUGCAUCAACUAAGUAGUGGUCCACAAAAUUGCAUCAACUAAGUAGUGAUCCACAAAAUUGCAUCAGCUAAGUAGUGAUCAACAAAGGUGCAUCAACUAAGUAUUGAUCCACAAAGGUGCAUCAAGUAAGUAGUGAUCCACAAAGGUGCAUCAACUAAGUAAAGAUCCACAAAGGUGCAUCAACUAAGUAUUGAUCCACAAAGGUGCAUCAACUAAGUAUCGAUCCACAAAGAGGCAUCAACUAAGUAUUGAUCCACAAAGAUGCAUCAACUAAGUAUUGAUCCACAAAAAUGCAUCAGCUACGUAGUGAUCAACAAAAGUGCAUCAACUAAGUAUUGAUCCACAAAGAGGCAUCAACUAAGUAUUGAUCCACAAAGAUGCAUCAACUAAGUAGUGAUCCACAAAAAAUGCAUCAACUAAGUAGUGAUCCACAAAGGUGCAUCAACUAAGUAUUGAUCCACAAAGAUGCAAUAACUAAGUAGUGAGCCACAAAGAUCCAUCAACUAAGUAUUGAUCAACAAAAAUGCAAUAACUAAGUAGUGAGCCACAAAGGUGCAUCAACUAAGUAUUGAUCCACAAAAAUGCAAUAACUAAGUAGUGAUCCACAAAGAUCCAUCAACUAAGUAUUGAUCCACAAAGAUGCAAAAACUAAGUAGUGAUCCACUAAGAGGCAUCAAGUAAGUAUUGAUCCACAAAGAUGCAUCAACUAAGUAUUGAUCCACUAAGAGGCAUCAAGUAAGUAUUGAUCCACAAAGAUGCAUCAACUAAGUAUUGAUCCACAAAGGUGCAUCAACUAAGUAUUGAUCCACAGAGAUGCAUCAACUAAGAAUUGAUCCACAAAGAUGCAUCAACUAAGUAUUGAUCAACAAAGAUGCAUCAACUAAGUAGUGAUCCACAAAGAUGCAAUAACUAAGCAGUGAUCCAUAAAGAUCCAUCAACUAAGUAUUGAUCCACAAAAUUGCAUCAGCUAAGUAGUGAUCAACAAAGGUGCAUCAACUAAGUAUUGAUCCACAAAGAGGCAUCAACUAGGUAUUGAUCCACAAAGAUGCAUCAACUAAGUAUUGAUCCACAAAGAUGCAAUAACUAAGUAGUGAGCCACAAAGAUCCAUCAACUAAGUAUUGAUCCACAAAAAUGCAUCAACUAAGUAGUGAUCCACAAAAAAUGCAUCAACUAAGUAGUGAUCCACAAAGGUGCAUCAACUAAGUAUUGAUCCACUAAGAGGCAUCAAGUAAGUAUUGAUCCACAAAGAUGCAUCAACUAAGUAUUGAUCCACAAAGAUGCAAUAACUAAGUAGUGAUCCACAAAAAUGCAUCAACUAAGUAGUGAUCCACAAAAUUGCAUCAGCUAAGUAGUGAUCCAAAAAGGUGCAUCAACUAAGUAUUGAUCCACAAAGGUGCAUUAACUAAGUAUUGAUCCACAAAGACGCAUCAACUAAGUAUUGAUCCACAAAAUUGCAUCAACUAAGUAGUGAUCCACAAAGGUGCUAUCUACUAAGUAGUGAUCCACAAAGAUGCAUCAACUAAGUGGUGAUCCACAAAGAUGCAUCAACUAAGUAUUGAUCAACAAAGGUGCAUCAACUAAGUAUUGAUCCACAAAGAGGCAUCAACUAAGUAUUGAUCCACAAAAAUGCAUCAACUAAGUAUUGAUCCACAAAGAUGCAAUAACUAAGUAGUGAGCCACAAAGAGCCAUCAACUAAGUAUUGAUCCACAAAGAUGCAAUAACUAAGUAGUGAUCCACAAAGAUCCAUCAACUAAGUAUUGAUCCACAAAAUUGCAUACACUAAGUAGUGAUCCACAAAAUUGCAUCAGCUAAGUAGUGAUCAACAAAGGUGCAUCAAGUAAGUAGUGAUCCACAAAGGUGCAUCAACUAAGUAGUGAUCCACAAAGGUGCAUCAACUAAGUAGUGAUCCACAAAGGUGCAUCAACUAAGUGGUGAUCCACAAAGGUGCAUCAACUAAGUAUUGAUCAACAAAGGUGCAUCAACUAAGUAUUGAUCCACAAAGAUGCAUCAACUAAGUAUUGAUCAACAAAGGUGCAUCAACUAAGUAUUGAUCCACAAAGAUGCAUCAACUAAGUAUUGAUCCACAAAGAGGCAUCAACUAAGUAUUGAUCCACAAAGAUGCAUCAACUAAUUAUUGACCCACAAAGAUGCAAUAACUAAGUAGUGAGCCACAAAGAUCCAUCAACUAAGUAUUGAUCCACAAAAAUGCAUCAACUAAGUAGUGAUCCACAAAGGUGCAUCAACUAAGUAGUGAUCCACAAAGGUGCAUCAAGUAAGUAUUGAUCCACAAAGAUGCAUCAACUAAGUAGUGGUCCACAAAAUUGCAUCAACUAAGUAGUGAUCCACAAAAUUGCAUCAGCUAAGUAGUGAUCAACAAAGGUGCAUCAACUAAGUAUUGAUCCACAAAGGUGCAUCAAGUAAGUAGUGAUCCACAAAGGUGCAUCAACUAAGUAAAGAUCCACAAAGGUGCAUCAACUAAGUAUUGAUCCACAAAGGUGCAUCAACUAAGUAUCGAUCCACAAAGAGGCAUCAACUAAGUAUUGAUCCACAAAGAUGCAUCAACUAAGUAUUGAUCCACAAAAAUGCAUCAGCUACGUAGUGAUCAACAAAAGUGCAUCAACUAAGUAUUGAUCCACAAAGAGGCAUCAACUAAGUAUUGAUCCACAAAGAUGCAUCAACUAAGUAGUGAUCCACAAAAAAUGCAUCAACUAAGUAGUGAUCCACAAAGGUGCAUCAACUAAGUAUUGAUCCACAAAGAUGCAAUAACUAAGUAGUGAGCCACAAAGAUCCAUCAACUAAGUAUUGAUCAACAAAAAUGCAAUAACUAAGUAGUGAGCCACAAAGGUGCAUCAACUAAGUAUUGAUCCACAAAAAUGCAAUAACUAAGUAGUGAUCCACAAAGAUCCAUCAACUAAGUAUUGAUCCACAAAGAUGCAAAAACUAAGUAGUGAUCCACAAAGAUCCAUCAACUGAGUAUUGAUCCACAGAAAUGCAUCAACUAAGUAGUGAGCCACAAAGAUCCAUCAACUAAGUAUUGAUCCACAAAGAUGCAAUAACUAAGUUGUGAGCCACAAAGGUGCAUCAACUAAGUAUUGAUCAACAAAAAUGCAAUAACUAAGUAGUGAGCCACAAAGGUGCAUCAACUAAGUAUUGAUACACAAAAAUGCAAUAACUAAGUAGUGAGCCACAGAGAUCCAUCAACUAAGUAUUGAUCCACAAAAAUGCAAUAACUAAGUAGUGAGCCACAGAGAUCCAUCAACUAAGUAUUGAUCAACAAAAAUGCAUCAACUAAGUAGUGAGCCACAAAGAUCCAUCAACUAAGUAGUGAUCCACAAAAAAUGCAAUAACUAAGUAGUGAGCCACAGAGAUCCAUCAACUAAGUAUUGAUCAACAAAAAUGCAAUAACUAAGUAGUGAUCCACAAAGAUCCAUCAACUAAGUAUUGAUCCACAAAGAUGCAAAAACUAAGUAGUGAUCCACAAAGAUCCAUCAACUGAGUAUUGAUCCACAGAAAAGCAUCAACUAAGUAGUGAUCAACAAAGGUGCAUCAACUAAGUAUUGAUCCACAAAAAUGCAUCAACUAAGUAUUGAUCCACAAAAAUGCAAUAACUAAGUAGUGAUCCACAAAGGUGCAUCAACUAAGUAGUGAUCCACAAAACUGCAUCAACUGAGUAUUGAUCCACAGAAAUGCAUCAACUAAGUAGUGAUCCACAAAGGUGCAUCAACUAAGUACUGUGCAAAGGCUGUGAAUACUUUUGUACAUGAGAUUUUUUACUUUUGAAAACAUUUAGAAAAAAAACCCUUUUCACAUCAUCAUUAUGGGGUAGUGGGCUGAACAAGGGGGUGCAGAGGACACACUUCACCACACCAAGUGUGUGUGUGUGUGUGUGUGUGUGUGUGUGUGUGUGUGUGUGUGUGUGUGACUAUCAUUGCUACUUUAACUUAACUUAGUGUGUGUAGAAUUUUGAGGACAAAAAUGAAUGUAUUCCAUUUUGUAAACAAAAUGUGGAAAGAGUGAAGACUUUCUGAAUGCACCGUGUUAGUGAUAUUGUUUUUAGACGCGCUAAUGCCGAGGAACUACUUUUAGCGGCGCCGUGAUCACAGGGAGCUAACUAGCUCAUGCUGCUAUAUUGACACAUUGAGCUGCUGCAUGGCCUCUGAGUUGGUGAAAGUGAAUAGUAGAUGAUAAGUCAUGUCCCUCGCCUGGAUAGUAGAAGGUUGUGGAUAUAAACCCCCAAGUUGGUACACUUUGACAUCCAACUUAGACGUGGAGAUGGCAAAAACAACCUUUGUUUGCAGCAACAAUUUUUUUUAACCCUUUGUUAAUCCUUCACGUACAUCGGGAGAUAUAAACAUUCCAUCAGUGAGAGCAGAUAUUGUACAGUAAGUGAUUGAUUUGUGUAUCUUGUUUCACACUUAGCAAUACUGCUACAUGAUGCUUAGUGUUUGACUACAGCUGCAUCUCUUCAGCUUCUAAAACUUGUACAUCAUCCUCCUUAUGUUAAGGUUCAAAAAUAGAAGUUUCUGGAUCAAAGUAGGACAAGUCUGCCAUUAUUAGUAGUCUUGUUGUUGUUGAAGGAUCGCAUGUUUGAAAUAAUGAAAAUGAUGAAAUAUGACAUGUUGUUAUGAAUGUUACUACUUUACUUACACACUUGCAGCGUGGACAUAAAACAACGACACAGGUUUUUGGAUGUUUAAAGGCCUACUGAAAUGAGAUGUUCUUAUUUAAACGGGAAUAGCAGGUCAUACUUGAUCCUUUCGCCAUAUUGCCAUAUUUUUGCUGAAAAGAUUUAGUAGAGAACAUCCACGAUAAAGUUUGCAACUUUUGGUGGCUAAUAAAAAAGCCAUGCCUGUACCGGAAGUAGCAGACGGUGUGCGCGUGACGUCACGGGUUGUGGAGCUCCUCACAUCUGAACAUUCUUUACAAUCAUGGCCACCAGCAGCUAGAGCGAUUCGGACCGAGAAAGCAACGAUUUCUCCAUUAAUUUGAGCGAGGAUGAAAGAUUUGGUGAUGAGGAAAUUUAGAGUGAAGGAAUAAAAAAAAAAAGGCGAUUGCAGUGGGAGCGAUUCAGAUGUUAUUAGACACAUUUUCUAGGAUAAUUCUGGAAAAUCUCUUAUCUGCUUAUUGUGUUACGAGUGUUUUAGUGAGAUUAUAUGGUCGUACCUGUACAACCUGAAGGUCGGCCCCGCACCAGUCGGCGGGUGGUGGCGAUGCCCAUCUCUGCCCUUCGCAAGGGACCCUCUUCGAAACACGAUCUUUCGAAAUGAUCGCUGCAUAAUAAAUACACUGUACUUUGUGAAGUGUGAAGUGAAUUAUAUUUAUAUAGCGCUUUUCUCUAGUGACUCAAAGCGCUUUACAUAGUGAAACCCAAUAUCUAAGUUACAUUUAAACCAGUGUGGGUGGCACUGGGAGCAGGUGGGUAAAGUGCCUUGCCCAAGGACACAAUGGCAGUGACUAGGAUGGUGGAAGCGGGAAUCGAACCUGCAACCCUCAAGUUGCUGGCACGGCCACUCUACCAACCGAGCUAUGCCGCUAUGUGUGUGUGGUCCAAUCCAACCGUGUUCGCUUGACAUCUAAAUGAAAUAAAUAAAUGGGUUGUACUUGUAUAGCGCUUUUCUACCUUCAAGGUACUCAAAGCGCUUUGACACUACUUCCACAUUUACCCAUUCACACACACAUUCACACACUGAUGGAGGGAGCUGCCAUGCAAGGCGACCAACCAGCACCCAUCAAGAGCAAGGGUGAAGUGUCUUGCUCAGGACACAACGGACGGGACGAGGUUGGUACUAGGUGGGAUUUGAACCAGGGACCCUCGGGUUACGCACGGCCACUCUCCCACUGCGCCACGCCGUCCCGUACCGAGAAAUUUAAAAUUCCUCUGUUCCAUAGUAAAGCUCCACCGUCAUCUUUCGGGAAUGUAAACGAUGAAACAGCGGCUGUGUUUGUGUCGCUUCCCACCUACAGCUUUCUUCUUUGACGUCUCCAUUAUUCAUUGAACAAAUUGCAAAAGAUUCAGCAACACAGAUGUCUAGAAUACCGCGGAAUUAUGCGAUGAAAACAGACGACUUAUAGCUGGGAACGGUGCCGGGACAAAAUGUCCUCUACAAUGCGUGACGUCAUCAUACCGAGACGUUUCAGCAGGAUAGUUUGGCCUAAAAUUUAAAAUUGCAAUUAAGUCAACUAAAAAGGCCGUAUUGUUAAUAUUUCAUCAUUGAUAUAUAAACUAUCAGUAGGCCUUUAAGAGCGUUUUAAAGUCCCUACAUUGUUAGCCGCCUUUUGCCAGCCUUUAUUUACGAUUCAGAAUGCAUACAAAAGGAAAAAGGUAUGUGUUGUCUCACAUAAGGAUUGUGAAUGCUAAGCAACAUUCCAAAAGAAGUGAGUUCCCCUUGAAGGAAGCGGGAAUAAAGUGUUUGCAAGUCCACAUCACGGAGGUUGAGCAACUGCAGCCUCGUGAAUCUUUUGUAAACAUUUACACAAACUUCUGGCCUCUUGCAUGAGAAUAUUUGGUUUAUUCCUUUUGUAAGUCCACUGAUGCACUGCAGGGACCAGAAAAAAAGGUAUUAGUUCACCCGGUGCUUGUUUUGGUGUGCCAGACAAGGUGUUGGCACAUCAGCAGGUGUACUUCACAUACACAAGAGGUAUUUCUUUUCUUCUAUUGCAGAAAUUUGUUUUAUUUUUUUACAGCAUAUGUUAUUAAACAUUGUAACCCUCA